AGCGCAGAUGUAUCAAGUGAAUCAGAUGACUAUGAAGAUCGACAAAAAUUUCCAAGUCGCGGACGAACACAUUCAAGAAGGUUUCUUCCUAGUCCUCCAAGGAACAGUCAGGGUCUCUCAGCCAAGGUGGACAACCUCACUGAUACAUUACAGGACACGACUCGCAAUCUGAGGGCUGUGGAUCAUAUGCUGGGGCAAUAUAAAGAUGUAAAUGCACAGAAAACAUCAGCCAUUGAUAAGUUGCGCCAGGAGCUGUCUAUGACCACCCAGAGCCUACAGAGUGAACGUGCCCGUCAUUCAAGGCUGAAAGACAGUGAUACGAUGCAUUCAAGCGAUCUUGAUGGUUAUUCCACCAGGAGUCGAACCCGUUAUCCAACAUCCCCUCUGAAAGACUACAG